UUCGGGUCGUCAUUUUCUGAGCAUUGCCAGCUUCGCCGGUUUGUUUGUCUUAAAGGACUGGAGGCCGAUGCAUGAGGGGCCCGCGGAGGCGUCGGAGCGGGGGUGAUGGUUUGGGAAGCGGAGCUGACGGGCGCUGGGCGUUGGUGAGGCGUGACAGGUGACCAUGACCGUGUUCAGGCAGGAAAACGUGGACGAUUACUACGACACCGGCGAGGAGCUUGGCAGCGGACAGUUCGCAGUCGUGAAGAAAUGCCGUGAGAAGAGCACUGGCCUGCAGUAUGCUGCCAAGUUCAUCAAGAAGAGGAGGACCAAGUCCAGCCGGCGGGGCGUGAGCCGUGAGGACAUCGAGCGUGAGGUCAGCAUCCUGAAGGAGAUCCAGCACCCCAAUGUCAUCACCCUGCACGAGGUGUACGAAAGCAAGACGGACGUCAUUCUCAUCUUGGAGCUCGUUGCAGGUGGCGAGCUGUUUGACUUCUUAGCUGAAAAGGAAUCUUUGACUGAAGAAGAAGCAACUGAAUUUCUGAAACAAAUUCUUAAUGGUGUUUACUACCUGCACUCCCUCCAGAUCGCCCACUUUGAUCUCAAGCCUGAGAACAUCAUGCUUUUGGAUAGAAAUGUCCCCAAACCUCGGAUCAAGAUCAUUGACUUUGGGUUGGCCCACAAAAUUGACUUCGGAAAUGAAUUUAAAAACAUAUUUGGGACACCAGAGUUUGUCGCUCCUGAGAUAGUCAACUACGAACCUCUUGGUCUUGAGGCGGAUAUGUGGAGUAUCGGUGUAAUAACCUACAUUCUCCUGAGUGGGGCCUCCCCGUUUCUUGGAGACACUAAGCAAGAAACGCUAGCAAACGUAUCCGCGGUCAACUAUGAAUUUGAGGAAGAAUACUUCAGUAAUACCAGUGCCCUCGCCAAAGAUUUCAUAAGAAGACUUCUGGUCAAGGACCCCAAGAAGAGAAUGACAAUUCAAGAUAGCUUGCAGCAUCCCUGGAUCAAGCCUAAAGAUACGCAACAAGCACUUAGUAGAAAAGCAUCAGCAGUAAACAUGGAGAAAUUCAAGAAGUUCGCAGCCCGCAAAAAAUGGAAACAAUCCGUUCGCUUGAUAUCACUGUGCCAAAGAUUAUCCAGGUCGUUCUUGUCCAGAAGUAACAUGAGUGUUGCCAGAAGCGAUGAUACUCUGGAUGAGGAAGACUCCUUUGUGAUGAAAGCCAUCAUCCAUGCCAUCAACGAUGACAAUGUCCCAGGCCUGCAGCACCUCCUGGGCUCAUUGUCGAACUAUGAUGUUAACCAGCCCAACAAGCACGGGACACCUCCGCUACUCAUUGCUGCUGGUUGUGGGAAUAUUCAAAUACUACAGUUGCUCAUUAAAAGAGGCUCAAGAAUCGAUGUCCAGGAUAAGGGUGGAUCCAAUGCCAUUUACUGGGCCUCUCGGCAUGGCCACGUUGACACCUUGAAAUUUCUUAAUGAGAAUAAAUGCCCUUUGGACGUUAAAGACAAGUCUGGAGAGACAGCCCUUCACGUGGCAGCUCGCUACGGCCAUGCUGACGUGGCUCAGUUGCUGUGCAGCUUCGGGUCUAAUCCCAACUUCCAGGACAAGGAAGAAGAAACUCCCCUACACUGUGCUGCCUGGCAUGGCUACUUCUCUGUGGCCAAAACCCUCUGUGAAGCCGGCUGCAGUGUUAACAUGAAGAACCGAGAAGGAGAGACGCCCCUCCUGACAGCCUCUGCCAGGGGCUACCACGACAUUGUGGAGUGUCUGGCUGAGCACGGAGCUGACCUUAAUGCCUCAGACAAGGAUGGACACAUCGCCCUUCAUUUGGCUGUAAGACGGUGUCAGAUGGAGGUUAUCAAGACUCUCCUCAGCCAAGGGUGUUUCAUCGAUUUCCAAGACCGGCAUGGCAAUACACCCCUCCAUGUAGCCUGCAAAGAUGGCAACGUGCCUAUCGUGGUGGCCCUCUGUGAAGCAAACUGCAAUCUGGACAUCUCCAACAAGUAUGGACGCACGCCUCUGCACCUUGCGGCCAACAACGGGAUCCUGGACGUGGUCCGGUACCUCUGUCUGAUGGGUGCCAGCGUGGAGGCGCUGACCGGGGAUGGAAAGACGGCAGAAGAUCUCGCCAAAGCGGAACAGCACGAGCACGUAGCAGGUCUCCUUGCUAGACUUCGAAAGGACACGCACCGAGGACUCUUCAUCCAGCAGCUGCGACCCACGCAGAACCUGCAGCCGAGAAUCAAGCUCAAGCUGUUCGGCCACUCGGGGUCCGGGAAGACCACCCUGGUGGAAUCUCUCAAGUGUGGGCUUCUGAGGAGCUUCUUCAGGAGACGCCGGCCUCGACUCCCAUCCACCAACUCCAGCCGGUUCCCACCCUCGCCCCUGGCUUCCAAGCCUGCAGUGUCCGUGAGCAUCAACAACCUGUACCCGGGCUGCGAGAACGUGAGCGUGAGGAGCCGCAGCAUGAUGUUCGAGCCCGGCCUCACCAAAGGGAUGCUGGAGGUGUUCGUGGCCCCGUCCCACCACUCGCACUGCUCGGCCGAUGACCAGUCCACCAAGGCCAUUGACAUCCAGAACGCCUAUUUGAAUGGAGUUGGCGAUUUCAGCGUGUGGGAGUUCUCUGGAAAUCCUGUGUACUUCUGCUGUUACGACUAUUUUGCCGCAAAUGAUCCCACGUCCAUCCAUGUUGUUGUUUUUAGUCUAGAAGAACCCUAUGAGAUCCAGCUGAACCAAGUGAUUUUCUGGCUCAGUUUUCUGAAGUCCCUUGUCCCGGUUGAAGAACCCAUAGCCUUUGGUGGCAAGCUGAAGAACCCACUCCGAGUUGUCCUGGUGGCUACCCACGCUGACAUCAUGAACGUUCCUCGACCAGCUGGAGGCGAGUUUGGCUAUGACAAAGACACAGCAUUACUGAAGGAGAUCAGGAACAGGUUUGGGAACGAUCUUCACAUUUCCAAUAAGCUGUUUGUGCUGGAUGCCGGGGCUUCUGGGUCCAAAGACAUCAAGGUCCUUCGAAAUCACCUGCAAGAAAUGCGAAGCCAGAUCGUUUCGGCUUGCCCUCCCAUGACUCAUCUGUGUGAGAAGAUCAUCUCCACACUGCCUUCCUGGAGGAAGCUCAACGGGCCCAACCAGCUGAUGUCGCUGCAGCAGUUCGUGUAUGACGUGCAGGACCAGCUGAACCCCCUGACCAGCGAGGAGGACCUCCGGCGUGUCGCUCAGCAGCUGCACAGCACAGGCGAGAUCAACAUCAUGCAGAGCGAAACGGUCCAGGACGUGCUGCUCCUGGACCCCCGCUGGCUCUGCACCAACGUCCUGGGGAAGCUGCUGUCGGUGGAGACGCCGCGGGCCCUGCACCACUACCGGGGCCGCUACACCGUGGAGGACAUCCAGCGCCUGGUCCCCGACAGCGACGUGGAGGAGCUGCUGCAGAUCCUGGACGCCAUGGACAUCUGCGCGCGGGACCUGAGCAGCGGCAGCAUGGUGGACGUGCCCGCCCUGAUCAAGACCGACAGCCUGCACCGCUCGUGGGCCGACGAGGAGGACGAGGCCAUGGUGUACGGCGGCGUGCGCGUGGUCCCCGCGGAGCACCUGACGCCCUUCCCGUGCGGCAUCUUCCACAAGGUGCAGGUGAACCUGUGCCGCUGGACCCACCAGCAGAGCGCCGCGGGCGACGCGGACAUCCGCCUGUGGGUGAACGGCUGCAAGCUGGCGCGCCGCGGGGCCGAGCUGCUGGUGCUGCUGGUCAACCACGGCCAGGGCAUCGAGGUGCAGGUGCGCGGGCUGGAGACCGACAAGAUCAGGUGCUGUCUCCUGCUGGACUCGGUGUGCAGCACCAUCGAGAACGUCAUGGCCACCACGCUGCCGGGGCUGCUGACCGUGAAGCACUACCUGAGCCCGCAGCAGCUGCGGGAGCGCCACGAGCCCGUCAUGAUCUACCAGCCGCGGGACUUCUUCCGGGCGCAGGCCCUGAAGGAGACCUCGCUGACCAACACCAUGGGCGGCUACAAGGAGAGUUUCAGCAGCAUCCUGUGCUUCGGGUGCCACGACGUCUACGCGCAGGCCAGCCUGGGCAUGGACAUCCACGCGUCGGACCUCAACCUGCUGACGCGGCGCAGGCUGAGCCGCCUGCUGGACCCGCCCGACCCCCUGGGGAAGGACUGGUGCCUCCUGGCCAUGAACCUGGGCCUCCCCGACCUGGUGGCCAAGCACAACAGCGGCCCCGGGGCGCCCGAGGACCUCCUGCCCAGCCCGGUGCACACCCUGCUGCGGGAGUGGACCUCCUACCCCGAGAGCACGGUGGGCGUCCUCAUGUCCAGGCUGAGGGAGCUGGGGCGCCGCGACGCCGCGGACUUCCUGCUGAAGGCGUCCUCCGUGUUCAAGAUCAGCCUGGAGGGCAACGGCCAGGAGGCCUACGCCUCCAGCUGCAACAGCGGCACCUCCUACAACUCCAUCAGCUCGGUGGUGUCGCGGUGAGGACGGGCCGGCGCGGGCGGGGUCGCCUCGGACUGCCGGCGUGAGGGGCGCAGCGCCCGUCCUCCUGUCGGGGGUGCCGGGCCCUCCCUGUGUCUCGGCGCUGCCUCGCUCCCUCGCCCCCCCUUCCCUUCCCUUGUCUGUGGAUGGUCUUCCCGGUGUCAGAGCCGAGCCCCCCCUCAUCGCGGCCACUCGGAAAGCGCGCGGACCGCCUCUCGGUGUUGGGGACUCCAUUUUUCGCCCUCCAGUCCCUUGCUUCUCACUGGUCAUUUUCCUGGAAUCCCUAGCUCUUCAACCAACUUUUUUUAUCUACUGUCUUGACGGUCCUUUCAUGAAAGAAAAGUGCACAUUGACCCAGAAUGUGUAGUUCUGAUACUCUUUCCUUUGUUACGCCACGUCCUCAGCCUCUCUCUUUUGUAUCUGUAGGAGAAACUCCCCUGUAUGGAAUCCCACUGUAUGAUUUAUAAACAGACAAUAUGUGAGUGCCUUUUGCAGAAGAGGGUGUGUUUGAAAUCGUGAGAACCAGCCAGGAGCUGUCACCCAGGAAACGCUACCUCUCUGUCCCUUGCUGUAUACUGAUCAUCGCCAGAGGUGCUUCACCCUGAGUUUUGUUUUUUGGGCUUUUCGUCUGUUUUUCUGACUAUUUCUGUGUUUUGUUUGGCAAGGAAAGGGGAGAAAGGAACCCUGCUCCCGGGUGAUUUCAUGGUCAGUGCUGUUACCAGGAGACAUUUUUCCGUUUGCUUUUGCUUUCACGGCUGUCUAUGGGAGCGUCCACAUGAAACCUACAAACUGCCACGCUGCAUCAUUCCCUCUCAUCUCAGGUAGAAGGUUGACACGGUUGUAGGGUUCCAGAGACCUGUGUAAGAAUCCAGAAGACCCCUGGCUCGUCUUUUGUGGCAUUCCGCUGUAAUUGGUGCAUAGCCGGUGGUUUCCACGUUUAGAUCUUGGUUUGAUGGCUUCCUGUACUUGAAGUCUAAAAACAGAAAACAGAGAAGACAAGUUUUCUUCCAUGAUUUUAAAUUGUGAUCCAGUUUUAAGUUGACAUGAGGGAACCAGUCCUAAUUCUUCUGUCCUGAGAAGCAUGUAAUGUUAAUGUUAUAUCAUAUGUAUAUAUAUAUAUGCACUAUGUAUAUACAUAUAUAUUAAUACUGGUAUUUUUACUUAAUCUAUAAGAUGUCGUAAAAAAAGUUAAGUUUGUUUUUUCUUUUUUUAUAAAUAAAUUGUUGCUUGUUGCAUU